AUCGACCUGUCAAGAGCCAAGUCAGGUAUUCCAGGAAAAGACAAGAUGCCGAGGUGUGCCGCCCUCCUGUGCGUGUCCCUAGUCCUGUGCGUGGCUCUGUCUCAAUGCUUCGGGCUCAGCCUGUUGACAAAAGAGAAGAGAGGAUGGACGCUAAAUAGUGCAGGAUAUCUACUGGGACCGCACGCUGUGGACAACCAUCCAUCCUUCAAUGAAAAGCGAGGCCUUGCUGGCAAACGGGAACUGCACCUUGAAGAUGAAAUUAAUUCUGACAAUGUGCUGCAAGCCCUCACAGACGAGAAUGCUAUUCGUAUAGUGAUUGAAUUUUUAACAUAUUUACGCUUAAAAGAGACUGGUGCACUUGACAACAUGCCAAUUCCAUUCUCUUCAGAUGUCCAACCAUAACCAUAGCCUUUCCGGAAUAUGAAGAAAACUGAAACAGACUGCAACCUCCUUACCAAUCAUUGCAAUUAGAUGGUUGAAUAUUUCAACCAAUUUUCAAUGUUUUUUUUUGCACAUUUGCUGAUUUAGGAUAUGUCUUGUUAAAUGUCUUCAAGUUUCCAUACCAAGGAAAAUAUGUGUUUGAAAUAAAAUUAAACGGCCGCAACAAAAGC